AUGUAUGCUAUUGUGAGUAAUAUACUCGAUAUCGUUAACAUAUCCCAGGCUCAAAAUAUUAAUAUUGUCAGUGUUUAUGGUACUUUGGCCUCCUACGAAAAACUAUAUGAAGUGUUACAAGUUUCAAAAGACACUAAUCAGUACAAGAUCACUCACUUUGGUUCAGCCAUCUUAAAAGACUAUAAAAAGUACAAUGUAUUGAAUGAGGUAUAUCCUGGAGUUAUAAAGUCAAAAGGUGGCGACGUUUUUGGUUCUUUGAUAUAUGGAUUGACCCCGAAAGAUUUUGAAUUGCUUGAUGAAUACGAAGGUGAUGAAUAUGAAAGAAAUAAAGCUAAGGUUAUCUUUGAGGAUAAACUAAUUGAUAUUCAGUUUUAUGAAUGGAUUGAUGAUCAUUCGAAGUUGGUUCCACAUAUACAACUACAAUGA